CACAGCCUCUUUAGUCUUUCGCUCUCUGCUGGGCGCGCCUGCGUCACGCGGGAGUCACGUGACCGCGCGCGAGUCAACGCGUCCGCAAAGUUGAGUUUUGUUUUCCUUCCGCGGGGCCUUGUUUUUUUCUCCAGCUUUUGCUGCGUUGGAGCGAAGGGAGCGGGCCGCAGUCCAACAACACUGAAAAAACGACAGUGAGUCGCUCAAGAAAAACCCGACAUCUGCUGUUCCUCUGUCUUGAGAGACGUCAGCAAAGAUGGCAAACCAGCUGCAGCAGCUCGUGUCGGAGAAGAAGGAAUUGGUGGAGCAUGUGAUGGAAAUCUUUGAACAUGGAGCUGAAAUGGUGGCCAGCAUCGCCGGCGACCUUUUCCCCAUUUUCUCCAUCGCCGCUCCAAUCGUCAAACUGGCUCUGGACAACGUGGAAAGCAAAGAGGCGGCGUUCAUGAAGGAGCAGUUUCAGAAGGUGCGAGAUCGCCUGGAGGUGAUCUCCGAAGAGCUCCAGCGGAUCAACGAGGAGAUUAAGAAGAGCGGGUUGGACGCUGUGUAUUUCCCAGUUGAGGAGAACAUCACCAACCAGUUCAGGAAGUACAUGGACAUCCUCAACGCCAAACCCAAGUUCCGGGAAGUCAAGAAGAAGCUUUUCCUCGAACAUUUUGCCAAGACGGGUGGUGAAAAAAACCUCCACACCCUCUACAACUCUGUGACCGGGGACACCAUCUCCGGGGAAUCUGUCCUCGAGAUCACGCUGAACUAUCAGCAGAAAAGUCGCCGGCCGGUGGAGGAGUUCUGCGCCCGGCUGAAGAACCUGUUCUGCAUCGGACUCAUCGCGCUGCUGGGCCACGCCUCUCUGAAGGGGUACGACGAGGAGGACGCGCUGCUGAAAGACUGGGCCGAGAAGAUGAAGACCAUCCAGCUCAAAAUGAACGCCGUCAUCGAAGACUGCAUCGUCAGCUUCCCCAAACAGGCGGAGAUCGAUUCACGCCAGCUGGUGAGAGACGACUCAAGCUUAACCAACCAGCAGUUGGCCGACGCCAUCGUAGAGAAGCUGAAGAAGAAGUACGACUGGGUGGGCUGGUCCGUGCGCGUUUUCAAGUCUCCCUCCGGCCUGUUCGCCAACAAGAAGGAUCACCACAACGCCAUGGGGAAGAGCCGCUUCCAGCUCACGUCAUCGGACGAGAAGCUCAACAUCUGCGUGUCCUACAGCUCGUCGCCCGAGCCGGUGGACGGCAGUCCCAUCCAGCAGCUGAUCCAGAGUGAGAAGAAGCUGACGGCAGUGGGCGUGGCCGAGGUCCUGUACGAGAAGCUGCCCGGCAGCUACAUGGUCCACGCGGUCAAAACCAGCAAGGACCUGGCGUGCUCCUGGAGCUUCUCGGAUGAGCUCCACUACUGGAAGGAGCACAAGAACAUCUACGUCUGCGUUCACUCGGACUGAAGUUUGAGACGCAGAGAAAAGUCAAUCAUUCAGUUUUUUGGUAACUUUGCGUUUUCGGACGCAGAUCACGGAGUCCCUCGCUGCCUGCGCCUUUAAAAUACACAACAGUUCAAAUCCAGUGCAUUUUAUUUCUACGAUGUAAUAUUACAAAGUCUGUCCUGAUGGGUUCAAUAAUCAGUGCAACAUACGACACCCUUGAUUCAGAGUAGGAUAGAAGAUAUAAAUGAUGGGGAAGAAACCCCGCGGAGGGAUAACUGGGACAUUAUUCCCCUCUGUUUGUUACGAGACUGCUCAAUCAGAAGUUCACAGUCGCUGAAGACUUGUUGUUCUUGAUGUACGACGGUCAGUUUCAGGCGGACGUGGGGGCCUUUUUUUAUGCAGGAAAAGUAGUUGACGUGGGAUCCGUCUGUCUUACGUAGAUAACGUGUGCGCGGUGAUAAGCGGCGACCUCGCCUUGCUGACACACCGUCAGAGAAAAAUGUCUCUGGAUAUUUUCCAGAGACAUUCUUCAUUUUGAUUUCACGUCUUUUCGUCUGAGGAGAACAGUAAACCAGCUGCCCAGCAGAGCUCUUCUUAUGUGCACAAACGGAAAGGUUUCACCCGCUCAAAGCCGAAAGAUUUACUUAAUUGAGUUCUGGGUAAAUCACGAGACGGGAUCUGUACAACAUCAACACUACUUUGAAAGAAAUACGGCAUGUUUACACUGAAAAAAAGACACCACUGAACUGUUAUUGUUUUAGAUGUUUUUAUUUGACGUAUAUUUUAGACCGCUUUAAUCGGUGUGAGUUCUUUGUAUGUUGUUUUUAUGUUAUCAUCUAAAACAUUUGACUAUUUUACCAAAACAUUCCUUAUAUAUAGUGAAAUAUUGAUAAGAUGUUUUUGCACAGUUUUGUAAUAUCUAUUUCCAUAUGUUACAUUUGAAUUAUCUCUGUCUGAUACAAAAUCACUGGUUGCAUCAAAACAAUAAACUUUAUAAAUCUUCCCAAUAAACUCGGUCAAAAGUAA